GUGUCGUGUCCGUGUUUUUUUUUUGUCCCCUAUGGUGUGUUAAAUAUUCCCACUGAUAGAGAAUGGUACAACAAAGGCCUUAUAUAUUUUAUUAGUUUAUAACUCCCCUGUUGACGCGUUUGGUAGCACGAAAACUACUAUUAUUAUUAUUAUUAUUAUUAUUAUUAUUAAUAUUGGAUGUUCAUUAUUCCAUUAUAUACUGCUGAGUAAUGUUUACAACUCCCGCGUGAUAUAACACAAUUUUGAUCAUUUUCUGCGCACACAGUAAACGGCCGAUAAAUCUUUGACAUUGUUUUACUCAACACGUUAUAUUAUGGUCGAUUGGACGGUCUAAAGUACAAAUUGCAAAAAAAAAAAAAAAGUUACUUAGUUUUGACAUUGUAAAAAUGGAAGAAAAUCAACCAUCUACUUCAUCUGCUAUAAAAAACAACCAAGAAAACGAUUGCAAAGUAACAUGGACACAUCCAAGUCAUAUUUUUCAACGACUUAUAGCAUUAUUUUUGAUGUGUUUAAUUGGAUUUGGUUCAUACUUUUGUUUUGAUAAUCCUGGAGCAUUACAAGAUGAUUUUAUUCAAGACAUGAAUUUAACAACUUCUCAAUUUGUCUAUCUGUAUUCGUGGUAUUCUUGGCCAAAUGUUAUCAUGUGCUUUGUUGGCGGAUUUUUAAUUGACAGUGUUUUUGGGAUACGUUUAGGUACCAUCAUCUAUGCAUUGUUGGUUGUUCUUGGUCAAAUAGUAUUUGCUGCUGGAGCAUAUUUGAAUGCCCUCUGGGUUAUGAUACUUGGCCGUCUGAUAUUUGGAAUUGGUGGAGAAUCAUUAGCUGUUGCUCAAAACAACUAUGCAGUACUAUGGUUUAAAGGAAAAGAACUGAAUAUGGUGUUUGGAUUUCAAAUAAGUUUUGCCAGAGUUGGUUCAACAGUGAAUUUUAUAGUUAUGGAACCAUUAUAUCGAUAUGUGAAAAAACAAAUAAGUGUUCCUAACUAUCAAAGUUUAUCAAUUGUUUUGUUAGUUGCAAGUUUGACCUGUAUUUUAUCAUUGGUAAGUGCCUUGUUACUUGCUUGGCAAGAUAAAAGGGCUGAAAAACUACUUCAUCGAAAGGCACUUGAAACGACUGAAGUUGUAAGAAUGUCUGAUGUGUGGUACUUUCCAAAAGUCUUUUGGCUAGUUACAUUCAUUAUUGUUUUCUAUUACACAUCAAUUUUUCCAUUUGUUGCAUUAGGAAAAGUAUUCUUUGAAAAAAAAUAUAACUUUUCACCGGAUUCAGCCAAUUUAAUUAAUGGAAUUAUUUAUAUUAUAUCAUCAAUUUGUGCACCAGCACUUGGUCUAGUCAUUGACAAAACUGGGAGAAAUCUAUUUUGGGUAUUUUUAUCAAUUCUUGGUACCUUGGUUUCACAUAUGUUCUUGGCAUUUACAUUUGUGAACCCUUAUAUUGCUAUGUUUACAAUGGGAUUAUCUUACUCAAUGUUGGCAAGUGCAUUGUGGCCUCUGAUUGCUAUGGUUAUUCCUGAACAUCAAAUGGGAACAGCAUAUGGCAUAGCACAGUCUGUUGAAAAUCUUGGUCUUGCAGUUGUUGCUUUGUUAAGCGGUAUAAUAGUUGAUUCAGAUGGCUAUUAUAUGGUGGAAUUAUUCUUCUGUCUUUUAUUAUCAACUGCUUUGUUGCUGACAGCUAUUUUGUGGACAUGUGACUCCAGGAAUAAAGGAAUUUUAAAUAUGAGUAUUAAUCAAAGAAAUAAAAUCGAAUUGAACAAACCACCUUGUCCAGAAAAGCAAAAUCUUUUACACAAUAAUGACACCUUUAAUGAAGACUAAAGAUUAACUUUAACUUUUAAGCUUAUUUUUUUUAAGGAAGAAAUUAAUCUUUAAACAAUAUAUUAUUCUCAAAUAAAUCAAU